CAGAUAAUUUUUGUUUAGACAAAAAAGGUAAACCGUAACUUGGGUGUACUUACUUAAACAGUAAAAAAUAAACUUUAACUCAAGACGACAAGUUCGAACCGUGGAGCGUAGAGAUUUGGAGCAUUGUUACAGUUGUAGGAAUUGUUUGAGAAACUAAAAAAACAAGGACGAGCUUUUUGAGUUUUGACCAUAUAAAUCUUAUGAAAUGCUUCUUGUCCUACCAAAAAGUUCGUUUCCUUCUCCGGCAGUGCGCUCAACGCUCGUUUCUCCGACCCGGCAAGGAAUUGCACGCCGUUUUAACCACUUCGGGAUUGAAGAAAGCUCCGAGGUCGUACCUUACCAAUGCGCUUUUUCAGUUUUAUGCGGCUUCCGGUGAAUUGGUUACUGCCCAUAAACUGUUCGACGAAAUUCCUCUCUCGGAAAAGGAUAAUGUGGAUUGGACCACUUUGUUAUCCUCUUUUUCCCGGUUUGGAUGGUUGGUUGAUUCCAUGAAGCUCUUCGUGGAAAUGACAAGGGAAAGUGUAGAGAUUGAUGAUGUUUCUUUAGUCUGCUUGUUUUGCGUGUGUUCUAAGUUGGAAGAUCUCAAGUUCGGUGAACAAGGACAUGGGGUUGCUGUAAAGAUGGGAUUUUUAACUAGUGUAAAGGUUUGUAAUGCCUUAAUGGAUAUGUAUGGGAAAUGUGGGUUUGUGAGUGAAGUCAAACGCAUCUUUGAGGUGUUAGAGGAGAAGAGCGUUGUUUCAUGGACGGUGGUUCUGGACACAGUUGUCAAGUGGGAGGGUUUGGACAGAGGAAGAGAGGUUUUUGACCAAAUGCCUGAGAGAAAUGCUGUUGCUUGGACGGUUUUGGUUGCUGGGUAUUUGGGAGCUGGGUUUACAAGGGAAGUAUUGGAGCUUCUGGCGGAAAUGGUGUUUAGAUGUGGGCAUGGUUUGAACUUUGUCACCCUUUGCUCGAUGCUAUCUGCUUGUGCGCAAUCCGGAAAUCUGGUCAUUGGUAGAUGGGUUCAUGUGUAUGCAUUGAAGAAGGCAAUGAUGAUGGGGGAGGAAGUAACUUAUGAUGAUGUGAUGGUGGGAACUGCAAUGGUUGAUAUGUAUGCUAAAUGUGGAAACAUAGAUUCUUCCAUGAAAGUCUUCAGGUUGAUGCCUAAGAGGAAUGUGGUGACAUGGAACGCCAUGUUUAGCGGGUUGGCAAUGCACGGGAAAGGUAGAAUGGUGAUUGACAUGUUCCCCGAGAUGGUAAGAGAGGUGAAGCCAGAUGAUUUAACUUUUACUGCUGUCUUAAGUGCUUGCAGCCACUCGGGGAUGGUAGAAGAAGGAUGGCGAUGUUUCCAUUGCCUGCGCAUCUACAAUUUGGAACCUAAGGUUGAUCAUUAUGCAUGUAUGGUAGAUCUUUUGGGCCGAGCAGGUCGUAUUGAAGAAGCAGAGAUCAUGAUGAGGGAAAUGCCAGUGUCUCCAAAUGAAGUUGUCCUUGGUUCGCUUCUAGGCUCGUGUAGCGUGCACAGAAAGCUGGAUAUAGCCGAACGAAUUAAACAAGAGCUUGUUCAGAUGAAUCCAGGCAACACGGAAUGCCAAAUACUUAUGUCCAACAUGUAUGUUGCAGAAGGAAGGAGUGACAUUGCAGAUGGGUUAAGGAGAAGUCUGAGGAACCGAGGCAUCAGGAAAAUACCUGGUUUGAGUUCCAUUUACGUUAAUGAUUCAGUACAUCGGUUUAGUUCAGGAGAUAGAUCACACCCGCGAACGAAAGUGAUCUACCUGAAGUUGAAUGAAGUGAUUGAACGGAUAAGAUCAGCUGGUUAUGUCCUUGAUGUCUCAGGCCUGGUUUCUCAUUCGGAGGGUGACUUGGAGGAAAAGGAGCAAGCUUUGUGCUGUCACAGCGAGAAAUUGGCUGUCUGUUUUGGGCUUCUGGAAACAAAACCGAGAACACCUCUUCUUGUCUUCAAGAAUCUGAGGAUAUGUCGGGAUUGUCAUUCAGCAAUGAAGAUUGUCUCAAAGGUCUAUGACCGAGAAAUCAUCAUUAGAGAUAGAAAUAGAUUUCAUCAGUUCAAGGGAGGCUCUUGUUCUUGUUCCGACUAUUGGUGAACAGAUCAAAUGGCUG